AUGGCGACCAACAUUCCUACUGUGGAAGACCUGAAGGAAUUCCUACCAAUCCCCGCCAACAUCGGCGCACUGACCGAUCCUGACAAAGUCGACGUGGCCCAAUCCAUAACGGAAAAGCCGACGGCGAGUCAUGCUCUGGCAAUGGCCGACCACCACGACAAGGGCGCCGCGCAGGAGACUCACGACGACGAGGUGAAGGACCUGGGCUGGGCCGAUCAUGUUGACCAGAUGCAGAAUCCGCUGGUGGGCGGCAUGCACAACGAAGACUUGUGGGUGCUCGUGCGCCGCUUCAACAAGGUAAACGACAUUGAUCACUAUCCCUACCCGGUACCCGGGAACCUGGACCUCAACAUCGCCGACGAGGAAGAGUUCUCGCCUGACAAGCUACGAGCCAAUAUCGAGCGACUGUACAUGACUGUCAUCAUUGGCCUCAUGGGAGCAACGAAGCAGAUCAUGCGAUUGCGUUCAUGGCGAGAGACCCGGAGGACGACUUGCUUUUGUGCAGCAUACUUCAUUGCCUGGGCUUUCGACUUCCUGACUCCACUAUUCUUGAGCGUCGUCAUCGCACUGAUCGUCUACCCACCAUGUCGAGACAUCUUGUUCCCUCCAGCGCCACUCGCACUCGUCUCUGCGAGCACCGGUGGCGUUCAGAAGCCCAAGGCAGGCGUUCUCGGAUCGACAGACUCCGCUACAGGCGCACCGGAGAAGCACAAGGGCGAGGCAGUUGAGGCCGAGGCUAGCAACGUGGUCAACAGUAUUGCUUCUGUCGCCUUAUCCAGCGUGGCCGGGAAGCACCCGCAGAACGAACCACCUCACGCUGAAAAUAGCAGAGGAAACGAUUCCGACAAGACCAGAGUACCCAUGGAGACCGCGAUUUGGAACAAUAUGAGGCCUAUCAUGCAUGGUAUCGCUGACGUCUCCGAUACAUGGGAACGAUUUGGCAACGCACUGUCUCCUACCCCACCCUUUCCACGCGAUCUCUUUCGUCUGCGGAUAGCUGCUGUCGUCGUGCCACUCCUCGGCGUCUCCAUCUUCGUCACAUCCUACAUGCUCGUCAAAGGCAUUACUUUCGGCGUAGGCUUCGGGUUCUUUGGUGAUCCACUAAUCCAGCGCGGACUCGUCUGGCUCAACAGUCACUUCCCUAAGUGGCAGAAACUCCUAGAGCUACGCAAUACUCUCCUCAAAGGCGUCCCAACUAAUGCCCAGCUCACCAUAACGCUCCUCCGCAUAGGCGAAGCAAACAAAGCUCCAAUUCCGCCACCGCCAUUGUCACACGGUCCACCGCCAGACGAGCCUGUCGAGCUGACCGAAGACGAGCUUCGUGCUGCGGGUGCCGACUGGCCUUUGAAUGCCACUGACGAAGAGAUAAAAGCUGCUAUUGAGCCCGACCCCACCACAGCCCAUGAGACCGCAGGUACAGAUAUCGACGAGUCGAAGAAGAAAUCUCACGGAAAAGCCGGUGCCAAGAUUUUGGGUUUCUUGAAAGGUAACGUCAAAGCCAGCGUCGAUACGGCUUUGGGUGUGGACCACCUCAAAGCUAAAGCUGGAAGCGAACCUUCAAAACAACGUCUCGGUGUCAUACCACCUCGAAACGAAUCAAAACUCUCCGGCCCCAUCGACUUCAAAUGUCGAUACCACGGCAAGCGAGGUCACGCAUACAUCGCCACCAAAGCCACAAUUCCAUGCAUCGGAUUCAGUCUCGACAAGAACAUCACCAGCAAAGAUGGCUCCGGCUUGAAUUCUGAACUCCAUCCCGUCUGGACCGUGGCUUUGGCUGACAUCAAAGAACUCAAGAAACUUGGUGGUUUGGGAUGGAAAUCUAAACUUGUGGUCGGUUGGGCUUUGGAUCGUGAGGUUGCGGAUGGUUUGGAGAUUGUGGAUAAGCUUGGAAAUCACUGGAUUCUUACGGCUAUGGUGUUGAGGGAUGAGCUUUUUAAUCGGCUUGUUGCUAUGGGUGGGCAGAAGUGGGAGGCUUGGUGA